UGUUAUGUCCCAUUGAGGAUCAGAGAAGGGGGGAGUGAGAGAAGUGAGGGACUGGGGAGUGUUGUGUGUGUGUAUGUGUGUGUGUGAAAAGAGUGCAGAGACAAAAGAGGCUGCGGCUGCAUUCAAUGUGCCGGUGGUGUGUCCGUCUCCGAAGCCACAAGCAGAAACCACAUCCCCCCCCCCCCUUCUCUCUCUCUCUGGCCCUUUUUUUAUGCUACACACGGCGGCGACGAGGAGGAGAUACCGGAGAGGGGAAACCGACUGCGUUAUUCGCUGGAAGUUGAGGACUCGGAAGGGAAAAGCUUCCCUUCCUUAGGACCGGGUGUUCCUCCGCCGUCGUCGUCCCCCCUCCCCAACACUCACUACUACACGUCGAGCGGUGCGGCGCGGCGCGGUGCGGUUUUGGGGUUGGAGAUAUAACCCAGAACAAAGGAGUGUUGGAGCGAGGAAUGAGCGAGCCGAGACUAGCUUCGCCUCUGCCUUUGAAAGCGGGCCAAAUGCCUCUCUGAGACCGACAAGAAGCGCAUCGGCGGCCGCUCGCGUUUCUCGACGAAGAAGCCUUUUCCGCCCCGGGAAGCGAGAAAGAAGAAGGGCGAAUUCGAGGGAAGGGACACGCAGAGAGGGAGACGCACAAGUCGGCGGCUACAAUGUUCCCUCAAAACCGACCACCGGCACCUCUUCAGCCACCCCCGGGGUCCUCGGCCUCUGUGGUGGCAGCUGCAGCAGCGGCGGCGGCAGCAGCCUCGGGGACACCCCAGUCACUGAAACUAACCUACCCAGAAACUUUGGACCGCAUCAAGGAGGAGUUUCAGUUCCUUCAGACUCAGUACCACAGUUUGAAACUGGAAUGUGAGAAACUGGCUACAGAGAAGACAGAGAUCCAGAGACACUACGUUAUGUAUUACGAGAUGUCCUACGGCCUUAACAUUGAAAUGCACAAACAGACGGAGAUUGCCAAGCGGUUGAACGUGAUCUGUGCUCAGCUCAUCCCAUUCCUGUCACAGGAGCAUCAACAACAGGUGGUCCAGGCCAUGGAGCGCGCCAAACAGGUGACCAUGGGGGAGCUAAAUGCUUCAAUAGGGGUACGUGGGCUCCCCCCUCUGCCUCAUAGCCAACAGCUCCAGGCCCAGCACCUCUCCCAGCAUGCCCAGGGUUUGCCAGUGGGCCCACACCCAUCAGGACUGCCCCACCCCGGCCUGGCGCUUGGCGGAGGGUCUGGACUGCUGGCCCUGUCUGGGGCUCUGGGGGCUCAGCUGGCUGCCAAGGAUGAGAGGGCUCACCUAGAGGCAGCGGCCGCUGCUGCUGCUGCUGCAGAGCACCACAGAGACCGAGAAGCAGGACCAAGCUCUCUGUCCAAUGGGGAUAAGGGUCGCUCAGCAGACUACCUCAGCAACGGCAAGAAGAGGAAAGCUGAUGAGAAGGAGUUCAUGACGGACUAUGGCAGCGAUGCAGAUAAGAGCGAUGAUAAUUUGGUGGUGGAUGAGGACCCGUCGUCCCCCCGCAGCGUGCAGUCCUACUCGUCCAGGGAGAACGGCCUGGACAAGAUGCCCCCGUCCCGUAAGGAGGGCCCCCCACAGGCCAGCCCCACCUCCCUGGCCUCCUCCAGCAGCGCUGCCUCCCCGUCUCGUGGCAAAGAGCCUCCGCAGAGGGAGAAGUCCAGCACUCCGGGCAUGAAGCCAGGGACACCCAUGUCUCAAGAGUCCAACACUCCGGGACCCAGCGGACCUCCACAGUUCAGACCUGUCCCUGGCAAGCCUGGUGUUGACCUCGCUCUGGGUCUAAGAAAUCCCCUGGCGGUGCAGGGAGCCUACCCCCCGGGGGCUUUCGGCCUUCCGCCUCCAGGGGUGAACGGGGACCUACCCGGGGCGGCGGGCUACGGCGCCGGCCUCCACUUGGUCUCCCCCCAGAUGAACGGCGCUGCAGCUGCAGCGGCGGCAGCUGCCGCAGGCUACGGACGGUCCCCUGUGGUGGGCUAUGAGUCUCCACACCCACAUAUGAGGGUCCCUGGGCUGCCUGCCAGCCUGCAGUCGGCUGCCUCUGGAAAACCUGCCUACUCUUUCCACGUGAGCGCAGAUGGGCAGAUGCAGCCGGUGCCCUUUCCUCCUGACGCCCUGCUGGGCCCGGGAAUCCCACGACACGCCCGUCAGAUUCACACCCUGAACCACGGAGAGGUGGUGUGCGCCGUCACCAUCAGCACCUCGACGCGCCACGUCUACACGGGAGGAAAGGGCUGCGUCAAGGUGUGGGACAUCAGCCAGCCAGGAAGCAAGAGCCCCAUGGCCCAGCUGGACUGUCUGAACAGGGACAACUACAUCCGCUCCUGCAAGCUGCUCUCCGACGGGCGAACCUUGAUUGUUGGCGGUGAGGCCAGCACGCUGUCGAUCUGGGAUUUGGCCACACCCACCCCUCGCAUCAAGGCGGAGCUGACGUCGUCCGCUCCCGCCUGCUAUGCUCUGGCCAUCUCCCCGGACAACAAGGUCUGCUUCUCCUGCUGCAGCGACGGCAACAUCGUGGUCUGGGACCUUCACAACCAGACUCUGGUCAGGCAGUUCCAGGGCCACACAGACGGGGCGAGCUGCAUCGACAUCUCCAACGACGGCACCAAACUGUGGACUGGAGGGCUGGACAACACUGUCCGCUGCUGGGACCUCCGGGAGGGACGCCAGCUCCAGCAACACGACUUCACCUCGCAGAUCUUCUCCCUGGGCUACUGUCCGACAGGCGAGUGGCUGGCUGUGGGAAUGGAGAGCAGUAACGUGGAAGUCCUGCACGUCUCCAAACCUGACAAGUACCAGCUGCACCUGCACGAGAGCUGCGUUCUCUCCCUCAAGUUCGCCUACUGUGGUAAAUGGUUCGUGAGCACGGGCAAAGAUAACCUCCUGAAUGCGUGGCGGACACCCUAUGGAUCCAGCAUAUUCCAGUCGAAGGAGUCUUCGUCGGUUCUCAGCUGUGAUAUCUCCCCCGACGACCAGUUCAUCGUCACCGGCUCCGGAGACAAGAAGGCCACAGUCUACGAAGUCAUUUACUGAACUAUGAUUGGCUAAAAAAAAACAAACAAAAAAAAAAACAACUAAUAAUCAGGGGGCGGGGCCGAGGCUCCCUCCUGCGCCAGUGACUGUACAGAGCAUCGGUGGCAUGGAAAACAAGAGACACUCAACUCCUACUUUGUUGUUUUGUUUACGUCUGUGAAAGAAAUGAGAGGGAGUGAAGGGAAGCAAGGGGGCACAAAGUCACAUCUCUGGAAAAAAACAAACUGUUUUUAACGCUCUGAGAACGCUGGUUAGGUUAGAGCUGCGCAAAUGUGGAUUCCUCCAAAGAACUUUUGUUUUUGUUCCUUUUUUUCCCUUUUUUAACAAAAUAAAACCUCUGUAGUGAACAAGAAAUUAGCAAAAAAAAAAAGAAAAAAAGAAAAAAAAUAUUUUUUUAGCCUUUGAAUUUUUGGCAGACAGUUGGACCACAUCAAGUGGAGGACGACUUGAGAGAUUGGGAAGGUUUCGGGGGGGCGGGCGAGGGCUGGAAACUCUUGAUGGAAAAAUACGGUCCAUAUUCUGUGUUGUGUUAAAAGGUCCCUGCCAGGGUCAGCUUGGCCCGGAUCGGCCCGGUCCGGUCCAGCUGAGUCGGCAGCACGUGGCUGCUCCUCGGGGCAGCAGAUGCGCAGCAGAUGGCGGGAUGGCGUGCUGUGAAGUUCCAGCUAUUUUCUUUCUCCAGGUUAAGUUUCAGCAGCAACAUGAUUGUAUCGUCUCCAGUACAGACAUAACGGAACAGGGCUCAGUUUCUCUCCAGCGUCUUUGUUCCUUUUUUAUUUGAUUUGUUUUUCUUUUAUAAGAGAACAGAGACAGACUUAUUCUGGAGAUGUUUGUGAGGAAACCAGCCUGGAAACCGCAACACAGAGGACAGAACACUGAAGUCAGACAGCUCACAGAAGAGACUCCCCGGGGCCUGGGGACGCAGCCUCUGCUACAUCAUCGUCAUCCUUAACGCUCAACAUUAAAUGUUUCUUUUUUAUUGUAUUUGUUAGGGCACAUAUAGGCAGACAGGUAUUUUCACAACUGCAUAAUGAACCUUCAACCUUGCUAUAUAUGGACAUGUAAAUAAAGUUCUCUAAAGGCAAA